AUGACGUCAUCAUCAUCGGCGAGAGGAGAGCUAGAGAAGAUGGGAAUCGAUCAGCUGAAAGCGUUGAAAGAGCAAGCGGAUCUGGAAGUGAAUCUCCUCCAAGACAGUCUCAACAACAUCCGCACAGCCAACGCUCGCCUCGAAUCCGCCGCGGGAGCUCUCAACGAUCUCUCGAUUCGACCUCAGGGUAAGAAGAUGCUCGUGCCGCUCACUGCUUCUCUUUACGUGCCUGGGACACUUGAUGAAGCUGAUAAGGUUCUUGUUGAUAUCGGCACUGGCUACUUCAUUGAGAAAACGAUGGAUGAUGGGAAAGAUUAUUGUCAGAGGAAGAUUAAUUUGUUGAAAUCCAAUUAUGAACAACUCUUUGAGGUGUUGGCGAAGAAGAAAUCUGUGGCAGAUGAAGCAGGGAUGGUCUUGCAGGGUAAAGUUAGACAGUUACAAGCUGCAACCACGUCCUGA